CUCAUCCAUGGAGAAACUCGCCCUUGUAACACUCAUCGUUUUCGCUUCUUUGUGUUCUUUGAUCUCGUCAGUGAAAGUGCCGGCAAUCUUCACAUUCGGAGACUCCAUUUUCGAUGCUGGAAAAAAUCACUUCAACAAGAAUUGUACUGCUCAGGCUGAUUUUCCUCCUUAUGGUUCAAGUUUUUUUCAUCAUCCCACUGGGAGGUUCACUAACGGCAGAACGGUUGCAGACUUCAUUUCACAAUUCAUUGGCAUAGAGUUUCAAAAGCCCUAUCUUGAGGUGCAAUUUGAAGUCCAAAAUGGAAGCAGGAAAGGGUAUCCAGAAAAUGGCAUCAAUUUUGACAGUGGUGGCAGUGGUGUUCUCCAGAAAACAAAUCAGGAUUGGGGAGUUACCUCAAUCCAGGAUCAAUUAAAGCAAUUCAAGGCCCUGGUGAAUCAAAACAAGCUUGACACAGCCCUAGUUCAAAGCUCUCUUUUUCUCUUGGAGUCUGGCUCCAAUGACAUCUUCAGCUACUUCACAUCUUUCGAUCCCCAAACUCCAAGCCCAGAUGCUUACGUUCGAGCCAUGUUAACACAAGUAUCCAGGCUGAUUGAGGAGAUUUACACCCUCGGUGCUCGCCGCAUUGCGGUGUUUUCACUUCGUCCCAUUGGCCGCAUCCCCGGCAGGGUGCUCUUGCCUGACGCACCUGUUGAAAGUUGCUAUGGAAAGAUGAAUGUGAUGGCUGAGAGUUACAAUAAGGGAUUGGAGAGCAUUGUGAAUCAGGUAGCCAGAAAAUACCCUGGUGCAGUUGCUGUUUAUGGAGAUGUUUACAACAUUGUUCAGCGAUUUAGAGCCAUUCCUUCUCACUAUGGUUUUUCGGAUGUAUCUAGUGCUUGUUGUGGGGAUGGGCCGCUUGGAGGAUUGGUACAAUGUGGGAAGAAAGGCUACAAGAUUUGUAAAAAUCCUGAAACCUUCUUGUUCUGGGAUUUUUUUCACCCAACAGAACACUCUUACAAAAUUAUUUCCAAGGCCUUGUGGGCAGGAAAAAAUUCAAGUAUCAGGCCACUCAACUUGAAGACUCUUGCCAUUGCCAACAUUAAUGUUCAUUCGAAGGUACAAUGCACCACUAUAGCGAACCCACCAAGUUACAAAGCCCUCGGCCCAAGUUUGAGAUAA